AUGUAUAAUCCCGCCGCAGUCGCUGCCUACAUCGAGGAGCUAGGCGCUCCUCCGCCACCAGGCAAGCCGCAUGGUGUUGCGCUGCCUGGCACCGAAAAGCCCAACCGCAGCCAAAUCUAUCGCCACUGGCAGUUUGCCGACCGGCCGCUGCUCGAAACCCUCGAUCCAGCCGUGCGGACCCUGCACGAUCUGUUUGAGUCGUCCCUUCAGCAGUUUCCCAAGAAUGCCUGCCUGGGUGCCCGAAAGUGGCUGCCGAAUGCUGGGACGUGGGAGGACAAGUUUAGCUGGCUGACCUACUCGGAAGUUGCCGAGCGUCGCAAGAACUUUGGCGCAGGCAUCGUGGAGCUCCAUGGCCGAAUCAAUCACCAAAAACAAGGCCAGUACCCAAUUGCCCUGUGGGCGCCCAACAAACCAGAGUGGCAGAUUGUCGAUCUUGGUUGCAUGUCGCAGGGCCUUUUCACUGUUUCUCUCUACGAGACUUUGGGCCCAGAGACUGCUGAGUUCAUUCUCAAUCACGUCGAGGCUUCCUGCAUUGUCGCUUCUCUACCUCAUAUUCCUAGCCUGCUCAAGAUCAGCUCCCGUCUGCCUCAUCUUAAAAUGAUCAUUUGCAUCGAUCCCCUCGACAAUGGAGAGCCGGAGGCUUACACCAAGCGCGCACUGCUGUCUGAGCUGGCGAGCGAACGCGGCCUGCAGCUGCAUUCUCUGGACGAGGUGGAGAGGUUAGGCUUCGAAUCCCAGAGACCCAUGCGUCCAUGCGCUGCCAAUGACAUCUACACCAUCAACUACACCUCUGGUACGACUGGAGUGCCAAAAGGCGUCAUCAUCACGCACAAAUCCGCGCUCUCAUCCAACUGCGUGAGCCGUAUGGUGAGCGGAGGCGAGAGCAGCGAUGUAGGCCUCUCUUACCUGCCGCUCGCACAUUUACUCCAGCGGUUGGUUGAGCAGGAGGCGUUCGCCUCGGGUUCACGCAUCGGAUACUUCCGCGGCGACCUGACCGGCUUGCCCGACGACAUCAAGACGCUGCGGCCCACCACCUUCAUCUCCGUGCCGCGAGUUUUCAACCGAUUCAAUGCCGCCAUCCGAGCAGCCAGCAUCGAAGCACCGGGCUUCAAAGGCGCACUCUCUCGUCACGUCAUCGACACCAAGCUGGCGACCAUGAAGCUGCCAAUGGGUCAAGCCUACAACACCCACUGGUUUUACGAUCGUGUCUGGACCUCCAAGGUCAAAUCAGCCAUGGGAUUCGAUCGCCUGCGUGCCAUGGCUGGCGGAAGCGCUCCGCUCGACUCGCAAGUGCAAACAUUUCUUUCUGCCGCUCUGGCAAUCCCAUUCGCCCAGGCCUACGGCAUGACCGAGUCCUCGGGCGUCGCCACGUGCCAGCUCCAGGGCGACUUUGAAACGGGCCAUGUCGGCCCGCCGAUGCCAUGUGUGGAAAUCUGUCUGGAAUCUGUUCCCGAGCUCGACUACCGAGCGGAUGACAAGCCGUUUCCCCGCGGCGAAGUCCUCAUGCGGGGGCCUUCCAUCUUUGCCGGCUACUUCAAGAAUGACGCCGAGAAUGCGAAAGCUCUAGAGCCGGACGGCUGGUUCCACACUGGCGACAUCGCCGAGAUUGACAGCCUGGGACGCGUCAAAAUCAUCGACCGCAAGAAGAACAUUCUCAAAAUGUCGCAGGGCGAGUAUGUCGCCCCGGAGCGCAUCGAGAACAUUUACGCAGCAAACUGUGGCAUGAUUGCCAACGGCCUCGUGCACGGCGACAGCUCCGAGUCUACUCUUGUCGGCAUCUUUGGCGUCGAGCCAGAGUCUUUCGCCGCAUUCGCUUCGAAAAUCAUCGGCCGCGAGGUUUCGCCCACGGAUCUGGUGCUGAUCAAAGAAGCGGCCGCGCACCCGGCGGUCAAGAAACAUUUUCUGCAGAUUCUUGAGGGGAUCGGGAAAAAGAAGAAGCUGGCGGGAUUUGAACGCAUCAAGAAUCUUACUCUAGCGGUAGAGCCCUUUUCCGUCGAAAACGAAUUACUGACGCCGACGCUGAAACUGAAGCGCCAGCAGGCUGCCAAGGUUUACCGGGCCGACAUAGAACGGAUGUACAGAGAGAUAGGGCAAAGCGCUGCCGUGGCUAAGCUAUAA